AUGGCAGGCGACGCAGGCCAUUCAAGCGAAUCGGAACACGCGCCACGCUCCGCUACCCGCAAGCGCACCCAAAAAUGGAUGACCAAGGGUGCUCUGAUCCGUGACGACUCCGACGACGAACUGGGUGAUGAGGACCACCCCUGGGACUGGAUUUUUGAUGCGGAGCCUGAGGUCAAUGGUGAACAAGAAGUGAAGAAUGCCAGUCCUACAAAAUCCAACCGCCGACGAUCCUCCCGACCUGCGCAGAAGAAGCGGACAAUCAUCGGGGCGAAGAUGGGCAGCUUCGAAUGCCGACUGGGCCAGAUUGUCCUACUAAAGUCUCCCGAGGCAGGAAAGGACUGGGUGGGAAUUAUUACGGAAUUCGUUGAGGAAGAUGACGAGGAGCAGGAAGGCGAGGUCAUCAAAAACGCCAACAUUAUGUGGUUUGCCGGACCCGACGAGUUCUUGAAUAAGCAACGAACCGAUGCUCUGCCCAACGAACAGUACCUGACUGCCGACUUCAACCUCAAUCCCCUGAACUCAAUCAAUGGCAAAGCUACCGUCAUGUCGAAGCAGGCCUUUUUUGCAAGAUACCCGAACGGAGUUGCCCCGAAGAACAAGGCCGAGUUGCUUGAAUACAACAAAUGCAUCGUGUGCCGUCGAGGUGUCAACCAAGUGCAGGGUCGAUACACAGAGGAAUUUCUUUGGGAAGAGGUUUAUGAUGAGAACGAUAUUCUCAAGCUUAUCAGCCUUGUCAAGGACGGUCUGAAAGCCGCCCGGAAGCGCAAAACUACGGACAACGACUAUGCCGAGACCAAAGAGGAAACCGCAGCUCCUUCUACUCCCAGAAAGCGACAGAGACUGGCCCCUGGCGGGACUCCACAAUCGCAACGCAAGAAGGCACUGACGACACCAACUCAUAAAAGAAUUGUCGUCAAGAAGCCCUUGGAAUUCACGCCGCUGGGCACGCGUGUCCUUUCACCCACCCAUUUCGCCUCUCCGUAUCGCCAAGCACGUACAUUGCUACACGUUUCCACCGUUCCAGAUUCUCUCCCCUGCCGAAAGACCGAGUUCAACCAAGUGUACAACCAUCUCAGCGCGGCAAUCAUGGAGGGCACGGGUGCUUGUAUCUAUAUUUCGGGCACGCCCGGUACAGGAAAGACAGCCACCGUCCGCGAAGUCGUGGCGCAACUCAACGGAGCUGUCAUGGCAGAGGAAAUGGACGACUUUAUCUUCGUCGAAAUCAACGGGAUGAAAGUGACAGACCCUCAUCAAUCCUACUCUCUCCUCUGGGAAGCAUUGAAGGGCGACCGAGUAUCCCCAUCUCACGCACUAGACCUCCUGGAGAAUGAAUUCUCCAACCCCUCCCCACGAAGAGUAUCCUGCGUCGUCCUCAUGGACGAACUUGAUCAACUGGUAACAAAGAACCAAUCCGUCAUGUACAAUUUCUUCAACUGGCCCGCCUUGCGCCACUCACGACUCAUCGUCCUAGCCGUUGCAAACACAAUGGAUCUCCCCGAGCGAACCCUCAGCAACAAGAUCUCAAGUCGUCUCGGUCUCACCAGAAUCACAUUCCCAGGCUACCGUCACACAGACCUGAUGGAAAUUAUCAGCACUCGCUUGGCAAGCGUACCAGGAAACAUCGUCGACCCAGACGCCAUCCAAUUCGCAAGUCGUAAAGUCGCAGCCGUCAGCGGUGACGCUCGCCGCGCACUGGAUAUCUGUCGCCGCGCCGUCGAAAUCGCAGAACAAGAUGCCGACGAAGCCGAAGCCGCUGCGGCAGCAAAAGAAGAGGACGACCUUACGCCCGCGACACCCAGCAAAACACCCGCGCGUGUCGACAAGGCGAACCAAAAUCGGUCCGUGACAUUUGCUGCGGAUCCCGCUGCGCCUAAACCGCCACCAGCCAAGGGCCAGCCAGGUCGUGUCACUAUCACAACUAUCAAACAAGCCAUUCAAGAAGCAACCUCCACACCCCUCCAACAAUCUCUCCGCGGCCUCCCACUCUCAGGAAAACUCUUCCUCGCCGCGCUCCUAGCCCGCGUGCAACGAACCGGUAUCACCGAGUCUACAUUCGGCGACGUCCUCGACGAAGCGCGCCGCAUUGCAGACGCAGCUGUAGCCGUGGCCGGCGCAGCGGGUGCAGGCGUGAAAGACUUCCUUCUUGGUGGCGGCGGAGCUGGGAGUCGCGUGCGGGCUUUGGGCUUUGCGGCUAUGGAGUUGAUGAAUUCGGGCGUUUUGGCUUUGGAGCAGGGGACUGGGGCGAAGAGGGUUCUUGGUGGAUCGACGAUUCCAACUCGUGGUGAUCGGAGUAGUAAGGUGAGGUUGAGGGUUGCGGCUGAGGAUGUUCGGUCUGCUUUUCGGGAGGAUGGGGAGGCUAAGGGGUUUGGGUUGGGGAUUGAGCAGUGA